AUGUAUUUUCUGAAGCUGACAAGUUCUACUGGUCUGGAAAGCUCGUAUACUUUAACGUUUAGGGCAAACACCAUAUGGGGAUCCUUGUUGGACAUGAAGCUUUCUGCCUUCACGAAAGUUAGGGGGUAUCCCAGCAUUCAUAUGCCUCUAUACUACAAUUGGCAAGAUCAUACUAAAUUGGAAAGCUUGAACAUUAGCAGAGGUGAUUUCCGCCAAGAAGCCAAAAGAGGCUCAACCCACAGCCUAGCCGUGCAGGCUCCUCGGGCUUUUCUGAAGGUUCUUUAUUCACGGGGUCUUGGGUAG